AUGAGUGAGCUUACUGCUGAUGAAUUGGCUCUAUAUGAUAGGCAAUUGCGUGUCUGGGGUGCUGAUGGUCAGAAUAAAAUCAAAAACGCCUCCAUUUUGGUGAUCAACUUGAACGGUGUUGGUACAGAAAUUGUCAAGAACUUGACUUUGAGUGGUGUUGGUUCCAUUGAAUUGAGUGAUCCUUCAAUUGUUUCAGAACAAGACUUAACUGCUCAAUUCUUUCUUUCUGAAGAAGAUUUGGGGAAAUCCAAGCUAGAGGCCGUUGAACCAAGAAUCAAAGAUAUGAACCCAAGAGUUAACCUCACAAUAAAUACAACCCCAAUCAAUUAUGAUGAUAGUGAAUAUUUCAAGAAAUUCCAAUUAGUGAUAGCUAAUAAUUUGGAACCUCAAUCUUUCCAAAAAUUAAACAACAUUACCAGAGAGUUGAAUAUUUCAUUAUACUCCACAGUAGCCCAUGGAUUAUAUGGUUAUUUUUUCAGUGAUUUAAUCUUGGAUGUUUCCAAUUUUACCAAAAAAAAGAUGCCAAUUGCAAGAAAGGCUGGUCCAAUCUCUAAAAAUCAAGAAAUCCUCAAGAUAUCAUCAUCUCAUAACAAAGAGACUAAUGAAAUUUCUGAAACAUUUACAUUAAAAUCUAAAUUCUCCAAAUUUGAAGAUGUACUUCAUUCUAAAAAUUUGAAUGACUUGACAAGAAAAGGGAAAAAAAAUGUUUCACCAUUAUUAUCAAUCUUUUUUUCAUUAUAUGAACUUGGUCUUGAAGGUCUUGAAAUUUCAAUUGAUGUUCUAAAGACAAGAGCCAAUGAAAUCAACAAAAGACUAGGUUUGAAUGAUAUAGUUGAUGAAUCAUACUUUACCAAAGUCACUACGCAAUUAAACACUGAAAUUUCCCCAGUUGCUGCUAUCUUAGGAGGAACUAUUGCACAAGAUGUCAUCAACUAUAUAAGUAAAAAAGAGAUUCCAAUCAAUAACUUGUUGAUUCUUGAUGGUGAUAAUUUUACCAUGCCUAUAUAUGAGCUUUAA